ACAACCGGAUGUCUGCUAACAAAAAUCGUACGUAUCAAACAGUUGCAACUUGUGUGAAUUUUUCAAUGAAUUGCAAAAGUAAACAGAAGAUAGAAGCAACGAGCGGCAUGUAGCAAUAGGAUAUAGAUUAUGUACUUCAUCGUCAACACCAGCACGGCACAUGUCAGUUUUUCAUUGGAGUGCAGCAGUAAAUUUCAAGAAUGACCUCUCAGCUGUUUGUUUUCUCUCAACAAUCCACCAGUGAUAAUGGAGAAUAUUUGUGGUUCUCAUCAAUGUCAGUGGAAGAAUAUACUGAAUAAUGAAAUCUAAAAAUUCAAACCUGGAUUUCUCAUAUUAACAGGAACCUAUUUCUCCAGUUUCAGUAUCAGUAGAUUCAGCUAUGAGUAAAAAAUUUUCUUGUGAGAUAUGUAAUGAAAGCUUUUCACAGUACACCAUGCUAGAAGAACACAGUGAACAACAUAAUGAUAAGAAAUCCUAUAAAUGUGUUUACUGCGACAAGUCCUUCCCAUCGUCUUUGAAGCUUAGCAAACAUAUUGACAAUGAAGAAGUGCGAACAAAGUCAUUGAAGUGUUCCUUCUGUUAUCUGACAUUUUCAGAACCAACAUGUCUUACCAUUCACAUGUUGACACAUACUGAUGAAAAGCUGUAUAAAUGUGAUUUUUGCACUGAACGAUUUACAACAGCUACCGGUGCCAAACUUCACGAGGGACUUCAUCUGACUGACAAGCCUCACAAGUGUGGACUAUGUUACAGGUCUUAUGCUGAUGCAAGUCAAUUAGCUAAACAUUUCAAAGUUCAUACAGGUAUAAAACCCUAUAAAUGUGAUUAUUGUGAUCGUACAUUUUCAAAAUCCAACAAACGGACUAUUCAUAUGAGAUCUCAUACUGGUGAACGACCCUAUAAAUGUGCAUAUUGUAACAAAGGAUUUGCAGAUUCAGAUAAGCUGAACAUACAUAUUCGCACACACACAGGUGAAAAACCAUAUGUGUGUGAAUAUUGUCAACGUGCAUUCACACGUUCUGACAAACGCAAUCAACACACACGUAAUGUACACAAAUGGGAACUGGCUGCAAAGUUUAGUUAUCGACCUAACCAAGGACUUCAACUACUGAAAACUGCCAGCAGUGAACUUCCCUGUAAUGAGAGUAACUUUCAACUGCCUGAUUCAGUACCAAAUCAACUUGCUCAGCAGGAUUAUUCUGCUCAAGUUGGUAAGCAGAUGAUCAAAUCUCAGUCACAAGACAAUGACUUUUUUCAAAUAUUACUGACUGAUCAAAAUCAGAAUAGUUCCAAACAUUCUAAUCAGCAACAAAUAGUAACGUCGUCUUCAUCUCAAACACCAACAUUUUCUCACACAUCUAUACUGAACUCUAUCACAGCUGAUAAGCUCAAUUCUGGUAUAUUAUCAGAUAGAUAAACUUAUCUCCUUUCGUAAGUGUACAGAAAUAUAGAAACCGUUCACUCUGCUUAUACACAAAGACUAAGAUAAAAAUAUUUAAGUUCUCAAUUUGUUUUUAUCAAAACCAUUUAUUUCAUCUUCAUUUAAACAUUUGUUUUAUAAUCUGGAUCAAGAGAUAAUAUACUUGUUUCUCUAGCUUUAAGUUGUUGAAGGUACUUUAACUUGUGAAUAGGAUGCUAGUUCUAGUAUGAUUGAAAGUGCAUUGAUGAACCUCUGAAUUGCUGCAUCUAACAUCCAGUCUCUAUUUUCUAAUUGGUCUAAGUAAUUGUUUUAUUCAUCUCAGAAGAAUAAAUGAGUUCUAAAUAAAAUAUGAGCCAAAGUAUUAUCAACCUUGAGCCUUGUUAACAAUUAUUAAUCCUAAUAUAUACUCUUACUUCAGUGGCUACUUGGUCUAAAUCAUAAUUAUUUUAUAUAUAUCAGAUCAGUGAAGAUACAAGAUGACAUUAUACAUAUAUACAAAAGCUAAGUAUCUUCAGACUGCUUUUAUUAACUAUAUUCUAUGUUAGAGAAGUAGGAGGCAAUACAGAUCAAAUACUAGUUGAAGAUUCAUUGAUAAUGGAAAAGCAGUUUUUGGUUUGUCUAUUGCAAACUGAAAAUAUUGAGCUAAAACUGCUGAUGUGUCAGAGAUGAGGCAAAUACUUCAUAUAUUUGUUUUUUUAACAAAUCUGAUAUGCUUUUCCAUCCAUUGGUCAUCCUAAUUCUCAGAAGGUUUAUUUAUUUUACUACUAGAUAGACUUCUGGUUAUUAUCUAGUCCUAUGUCAGCUCUAACUGAACAAACCAAUGAUCAAAGGAGUUCUGGCUGUGAGCAUCCUAUUUUUUCUUUUCAGACAGUAUAUUUAGGACUUCAUUAUAUCUCGCCUUUCUAAAAGUAGGGUGUGAUGAGGGAGAUUUGGCUACUAUUUCUUGUAUGUUUAGCACAGUUGCCUGAAAAUUCAAACUAAUGUUAAUAUGAACAUAUUUUCUUUGGAUCAAUAGUUUAUCUGUACCUCCUAUUAUCAGAAAUCACACUCAAAUAUUUAGACUAUUUUUGGUUUAAUUAUUGUUUUGAGAAGGAUGAUGUAUUAUGUACAACAUGAUAAAUUCAUAUUACAUACUAGAACAAAACCUCUUAUGCUGGGUUUCUGAAUUUUUUUGACAACAGACAAAUAUUACAUGUUUGGUAAUUUUAGUUGAAGUGAGUUCUGAUCACCCUUGUUCUGACUUCUUGCAUCAAAGCUGGUUGCCAUCAAUUCACAUUUCACAGCAGUUCUUUAUUCUGUUCUCAAUAUAACUAUUCACUAGUAAUCAUUAAGUCAUCAAACUCACUGCUCUUUGAGUCUGAGCCAUGACAGGUUGCUUUGAUUGUUAAUCCAUUGUACUGUAGAGUUAGUAUCCACUAACAAUUUUCUUGGUUUAAUCAUGUUUAAUGUCAAUCUGAAUUUAUGCUUUUCUUCCUGGUUUCAAACAAUAAAAAAAAAAAUUUGAGACCACCUUUACAUAGCAAUUCUAAUGGUAUAUGCAUCUAACAUGAUUGAAUGCAAAAAACAUAAUAUACAUGCACUUGAUUUUUUUUAAAGUACAACAAUAAAUAUAAUUUCAUGCACCUAAGAAAAUAAAAUCUAUAAAACUCAUACUAUACAUUUGUAUAAUCACUGCAUAUGGUUUUUCUUGUAUAUAGUUAGAUGAGGAAAUAUUUUUACAAUGAGUAAAACAUGACAUUCUAUAAUCAAUAAUAUCUCUGUUAUUUCCUAAUUUAUUAACUUUAUUAAUCUUCAAAAUAGUGAUAUUCUCUUACUGGUUUUAGUUGUAAGACUACAGCCAUGCUGGGGCACUGUCUUCAAGUAUUUAUUUUAUCAUUAUGCAUUUGUUGAACUGCUGAGUUCAAGACAUAGAGGGGUGCAACAUAAGUUUUUAGACCGGUGCAAAUGAACAUAUUCUUAUAUGAAGGGUUCUCUAUAGUUCCCAUCAUUCAAAUUACACUUUCAAAGUAUUGAUCAAACCAAGGCUAUAGUAGAAGCCACUUGCCCAAAGUGUUGUGUAGCAUGAUCAAAUCUGGAAUUAUGUGGUGGCAAAGUGAAUGUCAAUAAUUACUUUGUAAAUCAAAUCCAUGAACUGUAUAAAUGCUUGAGAUAUAUGAAUGUUAUAUCUUUUCUUUGUCGCUUUUUUUAUGAAUGACACAUCUUUUCUAAACAGCCAUAUAAUUUAUCUAGCUUUCUAUAAUACUCAGCAGCAGAAGUUUAUGUUGUAAGAAUGAGUUUAAAUAUUUUUAAUAAACUCCCUUUAAGAAAGUUAUCAAUAUA